GCCACGUUAAAUCUUUAGAACAAACGUAGAAAACAAACACAGAAUCGAACUUAAGUCCAAUACCAUAACUUCUCGCAGUUUUUGCUCAACGAUGUCUUUUAUAAUUACAAAGAAAUAAGAAUAAAAUAAUUUUUAUCCACGGAAAGAAUGCAGAGGAAACGAACACGUGGUUAUUACAGUGAUACAGUGGAACUCGGAACACACAUAUUACCAGUCGCACGAAUGAGGAAACUUACUAUGUCAAACGUGGUCAAAUAUGCUGUAUUUCUUGUGAUCGCGUACAUUAUAUAUUCCGUAUAUCAAAAGGCAUCCACAUCCAAUGUCGAAUCUGAUUACUGGGCUGACGAGCUGAAACAAAGAAACAAACAAACCGGUUCAAAUCCAAAUGAACACAAUAAAAACGAUGCUAUUGAUGAGGCAGAGCAAAGGGACGAGAUAAACAAACGUGUUAAACAAGAAAUUAACAAAGUAUUUGAAGAAUUUAAAAAACAACAAGACGAAAAAAUGAACAAAGUUAAAAAAGAAAACGUAGAUGUUUUCAGAGACUAUAAAGUAGGUUUAAACAAAGUCGAACAGGACGAAGAGAAUAUAAACACGAACGACAAACAACAGUUGUUUCCAGACGACAACGGCGAAGUAUUUAGAGACUUUGAUAUGGAUGAGAAAAUAAGAAAUGAUGAUCUGGUCUCACAAAAUGAGGUAAACGCUGCUGCAGAUGAUGCUGAUGAGAAAAUAGACUACGGAAUGUUUGAAGAAGAAGAAGACAUGGAGAAGGAAAGGGAAGAACUAGAAGUUGAGAAAGAAAUAGAAGAACGCCUCGCAGAAGCCUUUAAGGAAGCAAUUCACGAAGCUGCAGAAGAAGUAGAAAAGAAAAAAGUUGAAGAAGACAAUAAAAUGAUGAAUAUACAGCAAAAUCAUCAACCUAACAUUGCUGGUGGUGACACAAUUAAUGCUGGCAAUAUUAAAGUUCCAGAAGUACAACCAGUGUUUCAAAAGAAAGAAGAAUUUAAGUUUGCCGUAAAUAAUGUUGGCAAAAGGUUAAAUCCGAUGCAAGUUCGACAGAUGAAUGAAAACGCACGCCGUGAUGCUCUUCGGCAUGACGAUGAUCACGAGUUCCCACCCUUUGUAACAGCAGUAAGGGAGACAACUGUUAAACAAGUUACACAACUUGUUGCAUCAGUUCAAGAAUUUUUUCCAGGGAGGAAAAUUUAUAUAUACGAUCUAGACCUGAAUAAAGAUACCAAGAGACAGCUAAUGGCAUACUGCGGAGUAAAGAUGCGCCUGUUCAUGAAACAGAUAUUCCCGAGUUACGUGAGAGACCUUGACAGUCUCCACUGGAAACCACUUGUCAUGCAGACAGCGCUUUCAGAGUUCGGUCAUAUGAUAUGGGUAAACCCAAAGUUUCGCAUAACUUCUAACGAGAUUGCCCCCUUGAUUCACGAGUCGCACGAUCAAGGUGUCCUAGCUAUUGGCCAGAGUGCUGCAUAUUCCACAUACGCUGCAACACAUCCAGACAUGUUCAAGUUUAUUCAAACAGAUGUAGAAAAAUUAUCUCGAGAACCGCACUUUGAAAUACGUGCCAUUUUGAUACACAAUACACCGGAAGUGCAUCAGAACAUUAUGAAAGUUUUUUCCGCUUGUGCAAUGGAAGAUUCGUGUUUGGCUCCGGAAGGCGCCAAGUGGGCAUGUAGGUUUGAUUUUACCGGAAGAAAACCAGCUGGUUGUCAUAGAUACGAUGAAUCAGCUCUAAAUAUCCUGCUGAAAAACUGGUUUGACUUUGAUAUGUCUAGAUAUGCGAGACGGAAUAGCUAUUUCAAACCUUACGACAGCUCAUAUAGACCAAAACUGAAAACUUGCCGAGAUCCUACAGACAUUAAAGACAAAGAGCUGUAAAGAAAAUUCAAAUACUUUUAUAACAAGCAGUUUUAGGUAAAUCAAAUAAAUUGGUUAAUUUAAAGUUUUCCUUACAAAAUUAUUAUACUUUGUGCCAAGACGUGCAUGAGAUAAGUAUGUUAUUGCUGAUAGUUGAAAAGAGAUUAAGAGAAUUCCAUCGGCAGGACUAACUAUUGUUGUAUCAUAAAAUAAACUUCUUAAAGAGACACAAUUAUGCUGUUAAGUGUCCAGUUUGCUGCUACUGUAUUAGAACUGGACUUUUACCAACUUACAUGCUUAUUAGUCGCUCAAAUGCAUGUCUUCAUCACAGAGGAUAUCUAGUUUCGUUAGCUGGCUGUCUGCCUGUCAGAUUGUCUUGGUAUUGCAUCGUUCCAUUAAAUAUAUUGUACUUGAAUUUCUUUGGAUAUAUAAGAAAACAUAUGCAGCAUAUCAGUAAUACAAAGCAAGAAUGAACUGUGUGCUUUUAAUAAGUUAUCGCAAUUACAUUCAUUUAACAUUAUAGCUAUUUAAGAAAUAAUAUAUCUCAUUUUGUGAUUUGCCGUUG